CUGUCAAAAUCACAUCGAAUAUCGAAACGACGACCAGGCGAAUGUUAAGUUGACGAAGCUCAAAAUUCAUGUUUCUUUUUGAUUAAGUUUUUAAUAAAUUAUAAUUUUUUAGAUUGCUCCAGUCUUCAAGGUUCCUUUUAAUAAAAUCAUGGCUGCAGUCGGUGACUUAUGGGUUUCUUGGUUCAGUUGUUGUGUUGCACAACCUCAGAAAAGAAGACAUAGGAUAGAUAGAUCAAUGAUUGGACAUCCAACAAAUUUCCAACAUACUGGUCAUGUUGGAAGUGGUGAUAUCGAAAUGCCAAAUGAUCACUUGAGAGCUUUACAAAAUCAAAUGAGAAGUAAAGGAGGCUAUGCAACUACAUACAAAGAGCCAGACUGGUGCCAAUGAAAUCAUCAAGUGUCAUAUUUUGUGAACAUUUUAUACUAAUAUAUUUAUUUUGAUGAGUUUAUGAAACUAUUUUAAUAUUCGUUAGUUAUUGUGUAUUAUAUUUUAUUUCAGUAUUUAAAUUGUAAUUGUAAAUAUCAUAAACAAUCUGAAAGUCAAAAGAUUGUUGAAAAAUGAAAUUAUCAAGUAAAACUUGUGAAAUAUAAAAAAGCACAAUGCAGUUUUGAUCUAUGAUCAGGGAUAAGUAUGGGACGAAAAAUUGGAUUGUUAAAUUAUAUCUUAUAUUGAAUUAGUUUAAUAAACCCUUUUGUACUUUUGCAUGAGCAACACAUCUUAAAAUUUAUUCUAGUGACCAAGUGAAAUUUCUUGUAUUAUAAAUAAAUAUUUUAUUUUAUAUUAUAAUUUGUUAAAUUAUGGAUAUCCUGAGAACAAGAUUUCAUAGUAUUUGGAAGAUAUCUUGAAUCUUUUUACUAAAGAUAUUUUAUUCAUUCAACAUUGAUUCAAAUGGAUUUUCUGAAGUUUUGGGCUUACAUGAAUGAUAUUUGUUUUGUAUGAUUUUUUCCACCCAUUUCAGUUUGAAUUUUGUUAUUGGAUAUUGGAACCAUUAUUUUUUUACUAGUUGGAAUUUUUUGAAAAACUGUAAUUCAACUCAUUUUUUAUGAAUAUUACAGACUGGAAAAAAGGUUUUCCUGUGAUAAUAUUAUUCUUUAGUACAGACAAUACAACAAUGAAGUGAAUAAUGUUGCAUUGAAUCAGUUAAUGUUGAAAUUAUGUUGAUAAUUUGAUGUUAUUUGAAUGUGUUAGCCAUGGUUUGCGCACUUUCAAUUUGAACAAUUCCAACAAGUAGAGUUCUCAAAUAUAGAAACCACCACUGCCAUUGUAACUUGACUGAUAAGACCAUUUAAUUUUGAAUUAUUACUGUAAAGAAAACAAGUUUUGUUUCUUAGCAGCUUUACCUUAUGAACAGAAUUACUUUUGAACAUCUUGAAAGCGCACAAAACAGUAUUACUGAUGGAAUGAUUGUAUAUUGCUAUGUAGGGAAUAUAAUAAAUAUCAAAGUUCAACACUUA